UUAUAUGGCAACCAUGGCGUCAACAAGCCACGGGCUUUCAGUUUGGGCUAAUAACUGUGUUAAAACACCAAUUAAUACAAAAACGGGUUUGAAAACAACAAUGCAUGAUAAACGAAAUGGUAAACUCAGAUUCGAUGAAUCAAAUAAUGAAAUUCAUAACUUCAGCUUAUCGCCAACUGGAUGCAUUAAUGAUCCCGAAAAGUUAGGUUUUCAAGGAAGUGGCAGUGGUGAUAUUGGAGAUGAAUCAAGAUUUUCUUCUGUCGACACAAGUGAUCAUUUAGACUUUCUUAAAGGAGACUCGUUCUAUGAAAAACUAAAACAACUUAAAGAAGAAAAUAAACAAACUUUAGAAGCAUAUAAAAGGAUUUAUCAAGAAAAACUUAUUCUUGAAGAUAUUAGAGGUGAUUAUUAUUCAGAUGAAUAUGAGAAUGACUUUUCUGUCAAUGGCACUAACAAGCCAAUAAUGGGUAAAGACAACAAAGGCAUCAUUCUAUCAAAGCCCCCAAUACCAAAAACUAGAAGUAAUUUCUCAGAUGAACCUGUACUUAGCAAGUCAUUGACUCUAACAUCACAAUACAAAAAAGAUAGACCUAACUCUGCACCAUUAGAUAGGAAAUUUAGUACUCUUAGUAGUGAUGAAUUGCAAAUGUUUUUUGAAAAUUCAAAAGAAGAAAAAGAUAGUAAUUUUAUUAUUACUAAAUCUAAUAAAUAUGAUGAGGCUCUAGCAAAGGUUGAUAAACUAUGGGAAGAUUUUAACAUUUCUGAAUACAGCAAUAGAAGGCAUUCAAUCUCUUCCAUGCAGGAUAAGGACAGAGAGAAAAAUGUUGCAAAAAAAGAAUGGAGACAUCGAAUCACAAUACCUCAACCUUUUAGGAUGACAGUUCGAGAUUCUGUUAAAGAAAAGAAAAAAACAUCUGCUCAAAUGGAGUUGGAGAGAAGACGUCUAGAAAAGCAGAAAGAAGAAGAGGCAGAAUGUGAAAAGAAAUUUAAAGCCCAGCCAGUACCAUCUCAUGUUUACCUCCCUAAGUAUGAAGAAAUAAUGGAAAAAAAUGAAUCCCGACGAAAAUAUGUAAAACAAUAUUGUCAGGAACUUCUUCAAUCUCAAGUGAAGCCCUUUAAUUUUGAAAUCAGAGAGCAAGAGAAGAAAAGACAAUCUCAUUCAGCGCCGUUGUUGAAAACUGAUAAACCUAAGCCUGUUUUCAAAGCAAAGCCAGUUCCACAACAUAUAUUUAGUCCAGAAAUUGAUGAGAAGCUAAUGGCAGAAGAAGAGCUCAGAAAAAUCAGAGUAAAAAUGAGAUCAAAAGAACUCUUAAAUGAAGCAUCAUUACCACCUAACAUGGCUGCCAGAGAAAAGUUAAAGGAACAGGCAAGAGUUGAAAAAGCAAGACAGGCUAAAUUAGCAAAAAAGAAACAGCGCUUACGUCGUUCCCAUAGUGUUCCUAACUAUGAUCUUUUAUACAAUGAAUUUCAAAAUGAGUUAUCAAAGCGUAAAUCAGUCAGAGAGGGCACAGUUAUUAAACCAUUUGACUUAAAGACUGAAUUGAUCCAAUCAAAUAGAGAAAGAAUACAGCAAGAUAUUCAAGCUGAUGAAAAUAAGCUUAAAGAGAAUCGCUGGCCUUAUUUAAGCUCUAGGACAACACCACGAAGCUCAAUGAAAUACCUAGGAGCCUUGUCAAGUUCACUGGACUCCAUCCCAACACAUUCAAGUAAAGCAGCUGACUUGAGAACAGUGUUAGUGAAAAAAAAACAGGAACGAAUAAAUCAUAGAAUUAGAGAAGAAGAAGAAUCUGAAAGGCGUAGGAAGGCAAGAGAAGCAAAGCUGCGACGAUUUUUGUCUGAGAAGAUGUCAGAUGAUCUACCAAAACCAAGAGACUCUAUUGCUGAAAGGCUAAGAAAACACAGGAUAGAGGACAGGACUAGACAAGAGGCAUACCAGAAUGAAAUUGAAGAGAUGAAAAAUAGAGUGGAACAGUCACCAUUGCUAGUGGAUAAGUAUUUGGCUGAAAAUGCCAAAAGACAGGCUGACAAAAAAUUCACAGCCACACUAAAGAAGGCAGGACUUGACAAGGAAAUGAUCAGUACCAGAAGUUUUGGCCACACUAGUGUAAAAUCAAAUUUUAAUUCUGAUGAGUUUGAUGAUGCAGGAGAUUCUGGCAGAUCACCAAAUCACACCUACAUCAAAUCAAAUGCAGAUGAUUCAAUUUGAUAUCCUAUCAAAGCACUUUUCCACUUAACUGUAUAAUGCUAGACUAAUACUGCCUUUUAAAGCUAAGGGUAUUUUAUUUUAUAAACUGCAUUUUAGAUUGGUUAUUUGCAUUCUAACUGCACUUUAUUUCAAUUAAGCCAAUUUUAUCAAUAACCUUUAAUUAUUUAGAUUUUUAAUUAUUAAAUAAAUGUAAUGUAAGAAUGUAAGCUAAAUUUUAACAAAAAAAAAGUUCAAUGUAAGUAAUUUGUUCUUAUUGACUUUAUAAUUUUUAAAUAUGAUUUCAAGGAACUUCUUUUGAAGAACUGUAUAUUGAUAGAUAUAAUCAUUUUAAUGUUACCUGUAUAGAUAAUAAUGUAUAUUGGAAAACCAGCAAGGGGCUUGCAUUAAUAAACUGAAAAUCUCCUGGCAUGUAAGGGGUUGAACAGUUACACAUUUUCAUCCUCACAAUAUAGUUUGUUUUAUUAAUUAAUGUAGUUUAUAAAUA